UCGCACAACCUCAAUACCGUGCGUGGCUUGCCUGGUAUACGAUUAUUUAAAAACGGGUUUCGAUUAAUUAAUGUUUUAAUAAUUUAUUUCAGAGGAACAAUCACCAGUGAAGGUACCCAUUGGGCCCUUAAACGAGGGAGCACCCACGUUUUCUUUCCCCCUAACGCUGUGUCUCAGCCCACAUCAAUAGUGGCCCACAGGUGGAAAUGCAGUGCACGUUCUCCCCCACUGCAAGAGCACGAGUCAGUUGUCAGUAAUGUUAUUGAGAUAUCAACCAAAACUGGCGAUGAACUGAAAUUCGACGCCAAAGCGAAGCUUGUUCUUUCUCACAGUGCGCCUGAUUUGCAGGGCUACGAACUAGUGAUAAAGAAGCUGAUCGAUUGGGAAAGCAAUGAAUGGGAAGAAGUGGAUGGAACUAAGGCAUUACAGUGUCUUAAAGGUUUGGAAACUGAUGCUUUUUGAAGAGCAGCCUACCCAUAGUAUUUACCCACUGUUUAAAGUAUGUCUUCACCUGUGAAAUGCUGUCUGUUCAAUGUUUUACGUUUACUACACGCAGUUUGUAUAUUUACAGAAGUCACAACGGCUUAUAGUCUUUCCACUCUGAAUUGUUUACAGCGGUCGAAGAGGACUUCUCGCCUCACCCGCGGGAUGUACCGGAAUUUUUCUUUCCCGUUGCUCAAGCUGACAUAACUGAGUGCUCAACAUACGCAGUUGUUUGUCGUCGCAAGCCUUCUCCAGCGUACGCCAUCACAUCCAACGGUGGCUCCUUUAGCCAUCCUGACUAUCCACGCGUGACAGUUACAAUCCCUGAGAAUGCUGUGACACCUGAAGCAAACAUUCCUCUGGUAUUGAAGGUAGGACGGUAUGAAUUAUCUCCAGAUCUUUUCUUGCUGUGGUUACAUGACCAGUUAAUGUUUCUAAGGAUAACUCUUACCAGGUCUCCAAACUCGACAGAAAUGUAAGAAUACAGCAGACGUUAGAUGAGUGAAAUUAGGCUCAUAAAAAGUGUUUUUGUCAUGUGGAGACUAUUGCGUUGUCAGAUAGAUAAGGUUUUGCUAUAGUCUCCACCGGAUAUGGUGUUCCUUGAGAAAAUGGUCUCUUUUUUCCUCUAAAACUCGAAAAAAUGGCAGCAAAUCUGACAGUAAGUUCAGGUUAAUUUAGUUGUGUUUUCUAUUAUCCCUUUAGGUGCAAGAAGUUCCAGGUGAAGAAUUUAAAGACCAAGACGUGUUUCUUGGACCAAUACUGCGUGUCUGCUGUUCCCAAAUCGUCGAAUUCUCGAAGCCCGUCACGAUUCAGUUGCCAGUGUCUCUUCGCAGCGACCAGGAAAAGAUUCCAGUCCCCUCGACAUGCCGUGUCAGAGUAUUGUUCUUAAAUUCUGAUGACGAAGAAAAAAAAUGGAUGGAAAUCACAGAUGGUCUUAAAUGUCCUGUACAUUUUGACGGGACAUUUGUUAGGUUCCAGGUAGAACGCUUCUCUGGGUAAGAAGACGUCCAAAUGUUGUAGUUGUUUUGUUGUUAAUGAAUUGGAGGUAAACUGAACUUUUGGUUAUGCUAAUGCAAGUUAGCAUACAUUGAAACUGUUGGAAUACUAAGCUACUAUGAGCUACUAUGAGCUUAUUGUUACUCUUUUUAACCUUUUUAAAUUCUGAUAAUACUUAUUUUUUGCAUAGCUUUUAUACUGUGUAUAGCUUAUGUGUGCUUUUAGUUUGUAGUUUUGUGUGUAGUACUUAGUAAUGUUUUUCUCUCGUUAAAUUAAGUUUGAGUCAGCUGAUUAACCGCCUUAGUGUAUCCCCAUAGUUUUAAAGUGGUAUUUAAGUAAUGAAGAUAUAUCAACUCGCGUCUUUUAGCUGUGCAAUUCAAAGUCAAAAUCAUUCUGUCUGCAAAAGUAAUUCAAUUUCCCCUCUAUGUCUCUUUUAGAUACACUUGCGUUUUUGAAUGGUACAAAGAGGACGUCAGCGUUUCUGGAGUAAUAACGUACUUGACAAGCCUUAUUUGGAAGCAGCCAUUACUUGGCGUUUUCUUCUCCUAUUUCAAUGAAUUAGAUCGUGCUUAUUCUCAAGAUGUUCUCCAUCUUAUCUGCUGCCCAGCGCACAUGAGAGAAAGAGUAGUCCAAGAGCUAGAAAACGCAAACGUGGUUCCAAGUGAGGAAAAUUCACAGAAAAAGCUGAUACCGGGGCAUGACAAAGCAUUCGUGUUUGUAUCCGGAGGAAUAACCCUAGCUGAAAUAGAAGACAUGGAAGAUUUCCAUCUCAUGUAUGUACGGGCGCUGUUACACAAGGCAGGUUUUUGAGCGACGCAGGUCAACCGGAAGUCAGGCCGUUUUCCUUUGGAAUAUGCCUUGACGGUACAAAAUUUGUAUUGCCAAGUGUCUUUACUCCUUUAGAGACGAUUUUCCCGAAAACCUGGGCAAAACCACUACCCAAGACUGAAAAAAGUCCACUUCCGGUUGACGUGGGUCGCUCAAAAAGGCCUUUCCACAAGCCCCCUAAUUAGUCUAAUUUCUCCCGAAAUGAACAUGUCUCGCUACGGAUUUUUUGCAGCGAGCCCUCGUAGCAGGGUGUGCUUUUCUGAGUGUCUCGCAGAAAACUUGUCCAGUUUAACAGCGUCUUUAUUUCAGUCUUGUUAUCGUUUAGUGACUUAAUAUUUUGAAUAAAGGCACGGGGUUUGAAGUGCAAACAUAAUGCAACAUUACUGACUUUAGAUUGUGUCACAAAUGGACGAAAAGGUUUCGUUGCAAGUUAUUUUUCACUUUGUGUCCAUAAUAGAAAACUAUAUGUACUUGUUUUCAAAAUAACACUAAAACUAUUAGUUAAGCGCGUCGUCUGAAGUCAUGCACAUUUAGCUAAAAAAAGGAGAGACAGCAUUCAAAUAUUUUUAGUUCCAAUUGCUGUUACGCUUUUGACCCAUAAGCACCCGAGAAUUUCUACACAUCUUGAAAGAAAAAACACNGCAGAAAACUUGUCCAGUUUAACAGCGUCUUUAUUUCAGUCUUGUUAUCGUUUAGUGACUUAAUAUUUUGAAUAAAGGCACGGGGUUUGAAGUGCAAACAUAAUGCAACAUUACUGACUUUAGAUUGUGUCACAAAUGGACGAAAAGGUUUCGUUGCAAGUUAUUUUUCACUUUGUGUCCAUAAUAGAAAACUAUAUGUACUUGUUUUCAAAAUAACACUAAAACUAUUAGUUAAGCGCGUCGUCUGAAGUCAUGCACAUUUAGCUAAAAAAAGGAGAGACAGCAUUCAAAUAUUUUUAGUUCCAAUUGCUGUUACGCUUUUGACCCAUAAGCACCCGAGAAUUUCUACACAUCUUGAAAGAAAAAACACCAACACUUCUUGAAAUUAAGGCUCAAUUGUGCAUCAGUGGGAUAAACUUAUUUUACUUCAUUUACAUAUCCUUUCAGGUUUGAGAGCGAUCACCGUGACAAAAAGCAACUGCCAGUUCGUUUGAUAAGUGACCAAGUUUUAUCCCAUGUGGAGUUUCGCAGCAGCCCGGAUCCCAACGCGAAGAACCUAUUGUCCAGAUUGAACUUCAGAUUGUCUUCAAUGAAACUUGAUCUCACGGUGAGUACUACGCACAAAAACGCAGCGUACCCCGUGUUUUCCCUAUUUAUCAGGCCAUUUACAGCUUUAUGCGACACAUCUCAAUUAUCUCUUCAUGCGAGACACAGGGUCCUUGGAGGAAUUAUGCUCACUGAACUGGGUUUAAGAUAAGCAUUCAAUUUAAAGGCUUAAUUUUUUUAGGGCAGUAUCAUAAUUGAUCGGUAUAUUCCAACGUUUUAGAUGUUUCACACACGAACGAUUCAACCUCUCCAUCUCCACUCAACUUACCACCAAAACCGUCCCAUUACAAUGUAGUAAAAACGUCAUAGAAUUUCCCAUCCAUAAGAUUGCAUAAAGGAAAAGAAUAUGAAGCGGUGCGUCUAUUGUUAGCCUGCCAGCAAGAACUCUAUUUCGAGUGGCGAGCGAAACGAGACGCUUGUGAACGCGAAGGAAGUGUCCUCUCGCGUGCCGCUUGCGGGUGACUUCUCACGAUAGAGCUUUUUCACAGGCUAUUAAAUUGUGAAAUAGCUUUUCUGUCACUCAGUGAUGGUGUUCGUGCCUUGACCUCUCUUCUUUUUUUUAUUUACUUUGCAGAAAACUCCAGUAGAAUUUUUCGGCGUGCCUCUAAAUGACCAAACGCUAUUGGAUGCUGAUCCGAACUAUGUACUUUCAGCGUGCAGACCGUUUUUAUCUCAUGAUACAUACGAAGAACACUUCAUCCACCUCAACAGUGGCUGUAGGACACCCAAACAAGCACUAAGGAGUCUUUUGCAGGUUGUAGCAGGGCUGGGUCCUAACAGCCAAGAUAAAUGUUUUGAGGCCGUUGUGAGUACACUUCGAGAGGCGAGCAACGAAGGAUUUUUACAUGUUAUUGAACGUCUUCAGAAAGGUAACAUGUUUUGCAAAACGUAACUUCUAUAAAGGUUUCGAAGCGUCGCCAUCGUGGUAUCUGUCAUAGAUGCUUGUCGGGAAAAAUAUUACUUCCGCUCACGUGUACUAGACACUUCCGUAGAAUGCAGGCUAUCGCCAGAACAUGUACGGCAACCAAGAAGCCUUUGGUCUUCUCGGAUAAGGACGAAAAACCGUUGGCUCCGUCCCACAGCUCUUUCACUGUUCUGAUUCUUGUGGGACGUAAAAGAACCCACACUGCUGUUUGCAAAGAGUAGGGGACGUAGACCCCGGUGGUGUGGUACAACCUUUCACGGGCUGGGUGGGUAAUGAAGGGGUUGAGUCACUAUGGCGAUCGAGUUCAAUAAAGUAAAGUAAAGGUUGUAUGUGAACAGCUGUUUCGGACAGACUUGGAAUAUUUCACACGUCUUGCGAAAAAAUGCCGAAUGUUUGUCUAAAACAUAGCAAAAAGUGAAAGCAUACAAUUCGGCUCUUGCCACUAUACAAUCUCUUUUUAUUCUGAAUUUACCGAGGAGCACGCAAAUUAAGAGUAGCUAGGGUGUAUCUGGGGGGGAAGGGGGAGGGGAGGGGUACCGCCCCCUUGAUUUGCAUAAUUUUUUAGAAUAUAAGAUAGCCGAAUCCAAUAAUUUCUAAUUAAUCAUAUGUUAUUCUUUUCUCCACAGCACGUCAAAAGGUUAACACAGCUCUAGUAGAAAGUAGUGAAGUGAUCAACAAGGUGUCAGAAAAAGUGUGUUCAUCGUGGAAAAGACUUGCAAGAGAGCUCGAGCUCAGAGCUGGACAAAUUGACAACAUAUCAGAGGAGGAACAAGAUGACGAAGAACGCUGCCGUAAAACUUUGCGAACAUGGUGUCAGCUUAACGGAAGGAAUAGCACUAUUAGAAAACUCAUGAUCUCACUGACAAAAAUAGGAAAAGCAGAAGUGAACUAUGACGUCAUGAGAUGUUUGCAUCUUGUGGAACCUGAUUAA